CACUUCAUAACAGACAUGCUCAAGAUCUGAUCAGGCCCGCCGCAUGCCAAUGACGUUUCUUCACAUGUCUAUAUAACUUCAACUGCAAUCCCCUUGCUCUCCAUCUCUCAUCGUCAUUGUAGUCAACGACCGCAUUCAUCUGAUAUGGCUAGCCAACCUGACAUUCGAACAUCCGAGCUCAGGGAGCCCGUAGAUGUUGCUACUUAUCUCUUCACUAGACUCAAGCAAGUAGGUAUCGAUUCGGUCCACGGACUGCCCGGCGACUUCAACUUGGUCGCUCUCGAUUACCUCGAAGGAUGUGGGCUCAACUGGGUUGGCAACUGUAACGAGCUCAACGCAGGAUAUGCCGCAGAUGGUUAUGCCCGUAUCAAGGGUAUAUCGGCAGUUAUCACCACCUUUGGCGUUGGUGAGCUGUCGCUCCCUAAUGCGAUUGCUGGAGCCUACGCAGAGUUUGUCCCCGUCGUCCACAUAGUCGGGACACCAAGCACAAUCUCCCAGGCCAAUGGGAUGCUUCUGCACCAUACGCUGGGCAACGGCAACUUCCACGUUUUCGCUGAUAUGGCCGCCAGUCUGGCAGUGGAUGUGGCCAAGUUGACAGACCCUAGAGACAUUCCGGCUCAGAUUGAUCAUGCCCUGGCCGAAUGCUACCUGAAGAGCAGACCCGUAUACAUCACCCUUCCAACCGACAUCGUGAGCAAGAGGGUCGAAGGUGAAAGGUUGAAGACGAAAAUCGACCUCAGUCCUCACAAGAACGACCCAGAGAGGGAGGACUAUGUGGUCGAUGUCAUUUCGAAAUAUCUCACUGCCGCCAAAAAUCCAGUCAUCCUUGUCGACAGCUGUGCCAUUCGCCAUCGUGUGCUGGAGGAGACGCACGAAUUCAUUGAGAAAUCGGGCCUUCCAGUCUUUGUGGCUCCUAUGGGCAAAGGUGCCGUCGAUGAGACGUUGCCCACCUUUGGAGGAGUAUAUGCAGGUGACGGUUCAAAUCCUGGAGUUCGGGAGCGUGUCGAAAACUCCGAUCUGCUUCUCCAUAUCGGCAGUGUCAGGUCAGACUUCAAUACCGCCGGAUUCUCGUACAGAACUUCGCAGCUCAAGACCAUUGACUUGCACAGCACAUGGACGACUGUGCGUUUCUCAGAGUAUCCGGGUGUCGGCAUGAAAGGCGUCCUGCGCAAACUCAUCGAUAGACUGCCUAAGCUCAACAUCGUGCCGGGUCCCACACCUUCACAGAAUCUGAUACCUGCGGACGAGGACACCACCGACCCGACAAUCACGCACCGCUGGUUCUGGCCGAAAAUGGGCCAGUGGCUGCAACAAGGCGACAUCAUCCUCACUGAAACCGGCACAUCCAGCUACGGUAUCUUCGACACGCGAUUCCCCAAGGACGUCAUUAAUAUCAGUCAAGUCUUGUGGGGCAGUAUCGGCUACGCCACUGGUUCAUGUCAGGGCGUGGCCCUUGCAGAAAAAGAGCUUGGGGGCAAGCGUCGGACAAUUCUUUUCACAGGAGAUGGUUCAUUCCAGCUCACUGCUCAAGAGCUCAGCACAAUGCUCCGGCAUCGGCUCAAUCCAAUCAUUUUCGUCGUGUGCAACGAUGGUUACACGAUUGAACGCUUCAUACACGGCAUGGAUGCAGGAUACAACGACAUUCAAAAUUGGCGAUAUAAAGAUCUACCCGCAGCAUUCGGUGCUCGAGAAGGCACAUACAAGACAUACCAGGUCAAGACAAAGGAAGACGUGUCUGCCUUGUUUGAAGACAAGGACUUCUCCAGUGCCCCCUACCUGCGACUGGUUGAGCUGCACAUGCCGCGAGAAGAUUGCCCAGCAGCCCUCAAGUUGACUGCAGCUGCUAGUGCUAGAAACAAUGCCCGGUCGUGAGCGGUCCAGGCAGGAAUUCAUCAAGAGCAUCGUAGAGUAAUGUAAAAUGAGUCAGGAUGCUAUAGAUAAGGUACCUAGGUAGGUAGGGAUGAUGAAUAUCAAUAUCAAUA